AUGACUGUCUUUAUGCAACUGAUGGACAUGCACUCUUACCGCAAAAACGUGGUUCCAGCGGGAAAAAUUCAUCUUUCGUUUGAAGCUCAACUUCUUCUCGCAGCAGUUGGAGGAUAUGAGGUUGAAUCUAGAGGAGAAAUUAUAGUGAAGGGAAAAGGUGUUAUGGAGACUUUUUGGCUCGUUGGUACCAGCAGUAAUCCACACAGACCACCACUUCGAGAGUUUCGGAACUUAUCAGAGAAGAAAAACGAUGACGAUGGAAAAGAAGAAACUGCACGCAUUACUGAACAUAUAGGAAUAUAUGAAGAAUUCAAGCAAAGGGAAAAAGCAUAA